AUGUAUCUGAACUUCACCAGCGUCCUGAAGGGCUUGUUCACCUUCGGGUCGACGACGGCGGAGCCACCUGCCAAAUUCGUCAACGCGGACGGAGAGAGUGACCAUAUCUACAUCCGCGGGGACAUUUCAGAUCGGGGACCCUGCCCGGCAUUGAACGCCCUCGCCAACCAGGGCUACCUCCCCCGCGAUGGCCGGAACAUCACCAUCACCGACGUGCACGCCGUUCUGAAGAGCGCUCUCCACUUCGACGGCCCCCUCGCCGCGAACCUCGCCCACAGUCUGAAGCCGAUUGUCCGCAAAGACGGCACAUUUGAUCUCUUCGACAUGCGGAAGCACAACGUUCUCGAGCACGACCGGUCGGUGACACGCUUCGAUUUCCGCCAGGGCGACAACUACACGUUCCAGCCGACGCUAUUCCAGGCGCUCCUGGCCGAUGCUGACGGUGGGCCCGUCACCCUCGCGAGCCUGGCCAAGACGUACAACCGCCGCAAGAAGGAGAGCAGGGCGGCCGGGUCACCCGCGCUUCCCAUGAACCUGUGGUUCGUCAACCUGCUGCAGACGGUCUCGCUGCUGAACACGGCCCAGGUGGCCCUAGACCGUGACCUCCUGGUCGAGUUCUACCUGGACGAGAAGAUUCCCGAUGUGGUGUUGCAGAACCACACGCCGCGGACGCUGUACGGCUUGGUCGGCAAGGCGCUGGUGCUGCUGUUCCGCUCUGUAUUCUAG